AUGUCAAAAAAUAGGGACAAAAAGAUAUUCUUUUUAGGAACUAAGGGAAUUAUUACGGAAAGGAAAUUAACUUACUAAAAAUAUUUAACUUCAUUUUCGAUAGAUGAAAACAUAUUAUUAGAUUUUUUAUCAGAAGCAGUUAUAAUUAUUAAGUUUGAGAAAUCUGAAGAUUCUUUCCAUAAGCCUCGAGUUGAAUAUUAAAAUUCAAUAAGCAAAGUGAUGUUUUAGAAGAGUAAUUCAGAUUUAAUACCUUUUUUUGAAAAGAUUUCCAGUGAAGUUUUUAGUGAUGAUUCACCUGUUAAUCCUAGAAACUCUUUAUUAUAAUUUUAGAGUUUUGCAUAACAAUAGUAUAAAAACAUGAAAAGAUCAAAUAAAUAUAGCCCAUAAUAAUUUAUAGUAACAGAGUUAAAACCAAAUAUAAAGACUGGAGAUCAAUCUCUCUCACCAAGAUUGAGAUCUUUAACUGUUUAAAUAAUAUCAAUAAUUAAAUUAGUUAAACACUGUGAAUAAAUUUUUGUACUAUGUUUUUAAUACUAAAAAAUUACGAUUUGAAUCGAUGGCAAAGUGGAAGCUUUGAUUGAUAAUUGAAACAAAUUUUGAGAUUAAUGGCUAAAAAAAAACAGUAGAAAUAAUCACAACUAUUGGGGGUGAAGACCAAAUACUUAUGAUAGCGAGAUAUGUAAUGCACAGAAAAAACAUAAAAGAACUUUUAGAAAUAAACUAAUCUAAAUCUAAGAUUUUAUCAUUUGUAAGUCAUGAAUUUAAAUCUCCAAAUGAUUUGCUGGAUUUAGCUCAAAUUAAAAAUGAAACCUUUAGUUUAAAUUAUAAAACAAUAGAUAUUAUUCAAUUAGGAGAAGAAUGCAUCCAUAUGUUUUAAUUAUAAGCCAAAUAAAAAAAAUUAUAGUUACUUAUAAAUGCUAAUAUUAAACCAUUAUAUUUAUAUACUGAUAGGAAUAGAUUGAAAUAGAUAAUUAUAAAUCUUAUAGCAAAUGCGAUGAAAUUCACAUCAAAAAGAAAUAUAACAAUUAAGAUUUAAUAAAAAGGAAUGUUAGUUAACAUUGGAGUUGAAGAUACUGGCUUAGGAAUUUCAUAAUAAGAUCAAUCCAAACUAUUUAAAGCUUUUGGCAAACUCAAGGAAUGGAGCAUUAAAAAUUAAAUGAAUAAUGAGUUGGAUUAGGACUAGUAAUUAUUAAUAAAAUAGCAUAAUAAUUAUCAUUUGAUGGACAAGGAUUAUAAGUGA